CAGAGAUUGAUUUUGAUACUAUUUCACAGACGAUCAUGUCUCCUGUCUAAAAUACAGGCGGGCCAGAACGACCUUACUCUUACAACAAUAUUUGGAUCGUCGUGUCGGAGUUCUGACCUAAAAAUUGAUUCUACUUGUCUACCCAGCCACUGAAGUCUGCUGGUUUAUCUAGUGGACCCUGUCUACCCUUCCCUCAGCUCAAGCAUGAUGUACCCCUAGAAUGGGUUUACUACUACUACUACUACUACUACUACCCCAACCUAUUGAUUCUUGUCUACCCAGCACCAUCACAAGAAGAUCAUCAAGAUGGGCAACAAGGUUUCUGCGUCCUAUGACGUCCCCAUCGACUGUCCUGCGGAGAUGCUGAAUCCGUUCCAAUUGCGGUACUCAAAACGCGGCAUGCUUGACGGUCUCGAUAACAUCGCAGGGCUACAUAUGAAAAAAAAAGUGCACUCACACUCAAAAAAAGUGGCUAUUUAUUUCCUACUUAAAUCAUAGCCGAUUCCUUGAGUGUGAGAGCACUUUUUCACUUCAUACUACAGAAUAAGCUGAAGCUGCAGUUCGACAAUGCAGUUGCAGAUAGCGUCAUGCCUACGCUUAUGACGUCCUUGAAAUAGUAUUCUAGAAGUAGUCUGUACUAAAAAUUAUAUUCACUGAACAGGUUUCUGUUUCAAGUAGGAAACUCCUUCUAUACUCAGUCGUAUAGUCGAAUACUCAGGGCUUAGGGUUCACGUCGGAAGCUCCUAUAGUAAUAUCCAGGAACAGGGUUCUAGUUGUCGGAAACUUCUUCUAGUUCGAAAACUCAAAAUAACCGAGUUACUGACUGAAAUAAGGAAGGUAGCCUAACGUCAAGGCUACUCUUCCUUCUCAUUAGUAUCUCUGUUAUUCUCGUCUGUUACUCGCUUAUUUUCUUUUUUCGAGUAAUUUUUUGAGUAUGAGAGUCGAAAGUACACUUUCAUGACGUUGAGACAAGGGUUGGCUGCAGAGGAUGCGCCGCGAGUGAGGACGAACUUGCUGCACGCUUUAGAUACAGCAAAAAGUGACUCUUUGUUAUGGAAGUGGGUGUAGUGUGAAAAAGUUAGAAGUUGCUAUAAUCAAUGUUUAGGUAGCGUAGUUCUAUCUAGCUCUCGUCCUCUGGUAAAUGCGAAUGAUAAUCUGUUAAUGUUGUUAUUGACUGCUCUUUGAUGAAGCACCGAGAACAAAUGGGCCUCAACUCUCUUACAACAAGAACAAUGUUGAUUUAUCGAUUUUUACCUGUUCUACAACAAGAGUACAAAUACAGGACAACUGGCCAACUGGCAGAUCUCUGUAUACUACAUUAGUUUACCAAAAGAACUAGAUGCACAAUUAGACUUACCUCUUUUCAGGCAUAUCAAUCAAUCAAUCAAUCAAUCAAUCUUGAUCGUCUAAUCUCAGCCCUUUACUGUGCAUUGCAGAAAGAAGCGAGAAUAGCGAUGGCUGGUAUUCCGGAUUCAUCGGGGGGACGCCGAGCCCCAUUGUGGCGACGAUUAUCAAGCGAUCUUCGUUAUGGCUCAGGACACUGAAACCGAAGACAUACCUACUACACAGACAUACCUUUUGUCCCAGCACUUUCAUACUCCCAUACUAGAAAACUUCGUCAGUGCAGGCUUAAGGAAAGGCAGUGAUGACAGAUUGGAGACACAAUUGAGGACACUUCGCGAAAAGAUUGAGCAUGCUGGCCAAAUGCAUCAGGGGAGAACCACGCCGACAGAGUUAGAGGUAUUGAAAAACUUCUAUGGGCUGUAUUGCCGGCGAAGCACACUAUUGGUUUGCCCUCUUGGACGCACGCUAUUGGUUUCUUGAAAAACUCUAUAGGCUGUAUCUGUAAGUCACUUCGGGAAACUUGUUUCCGUUUGCACAUUCAAUCAAUCACCCAAUCUUCUAGAUCUACCACUCCAUAGUCUUUUAUCAUAAUCCAAAGAUUCCUUAAAGGACCUCUUUUACUUAUUCCACUGGUUUAGAAAUUUUGUACCUCCAAUCAAUCACAAAAUCUAGAUCUGCUCCACUUGAAAUAACAGCAUUUCUUAUCUACUGGCGAUGGUGCCCUUACAAGUGGCGACAGGCGGUCAUUGCUUAACGGUGUCCAGGAAGUCAGCAGUUCAGCGCAGAGACACACUUUCUUGAAUGGAGCCAGUAUGCCUUCACAGGAAGAUUAAGGCAAAAAUAUUUUGGGUCAUGAUCCCCCAUUUGUCAGCCUCAGCUUCCCUUUUUUUUCCUUUUCUCAAGAGAGCAUCCUCAGCGACUACCAUAGCCCUAAGAAGGGAUAGAGCAGACGCGGGUUGCGGCAAUGCGAAUACGCGAGAUGUUGCGAGUUUUGCCGACGCGGGAUAGGGAUGCGGUGCCACUGUGAACUAAUGACUCAUCGAAGGCGAGCUAGUAUUGAUACUCGCUUUAUUGCAACAAAUCUUGCAGGGCAACGACCUUAUUAUUUCUUUCAAGGCGCUGACGUUAUAAGAUGAAGUGCAAUAUUGACUCCUUCGAACAAAAAUAGUAAG